CUUCUUUCGCGCCGUACGAAGCCGACCUUGACAAUCGGAGGUGCGCUUAAACACGGCGCGCACGCAAAGAUAACAAGGAUAAAAAUCCCCCCCGUAUAGCCUCAACAGACUGUAGGGGCAAGUGCUGUUAGCGAGCACCUAUAAAGGCCGGAACGGCACACGAGGGGGUGGGUGGCCAGCACCACGACCGACCGCCUUUGUCUCGCCAGUGGCGAUGUUUGCACACCGCACCAGGUACUCAUUUGAGGCUGAGUCGACCUAGGGGUGGCCCAGGACCGGUUCAGACAAUUGUCACCGGUGUUGGCCGUGAGCGGGAAUCGAACCCGGGUCGCCAGUUUCGUAGCGCAGCGUAGCGCUAACCACCACACUACCGCUCCCCCCGGUGCGCACACACGCAGACACACCACACAGAUAAAGAUAAAGAUCCCCCGUAUAGCCUUAAUAGACUGUAGGGGCAAGUGCUGUUAGCGAGACACACACACACAGACACACACAGAAACACACACGCACGCACACACACGCACAGACACACGCACAGACACACAGACACACACAGACACACACGCACAGACACACGCACACACACACAGACACAAAUACACACACAGACACACGCACAGACACACACGCACACACACACACAGACACAAACACACGUACACACACAGAGACACACACACACAGACACACACACAGAGACACACGCACACAGACACACACACAGAGGCACACGCAACGCUGUCCCACGUCCGUUCGCGUCGCCGAGUGGCUUGAACUCUGCCGAGUUGGAGCGAACUGCUGAGGUCGGUUCGGCCGGGCUCCUCCUUCAGGCGUCGCCCCGCACCCCGCUCCGUCGCCCGGCGAACUCCCCCUCACUCACUCACUCCCACAGCGCGACGCAGAGAGUCGGGCCCAUGGCCUCCAAGUUCGUGAACGGAGUCAGCGACUUCUCCAAAUCCCGAGUUGAACUUCACAUCCAUUUGGAUGGAGCUAUUCGACCCUCUACCAUUCUGGAAUUCGCCAAGAAGCGCGGCGUCAAGCUGCCGGCGGACACGGAGCGGGAGCUCCACGGCUGCUUGAGCUACGGGGAGCCCUCGUCGCUCACCAAGUUCCUCGAGUACUUCGCCCUCUACAUGCCGGCCAUCGCUGGGGACCGGGAGGCGAUCCGCCGCGUGGCGUACGAGCUGGUGGCGGACAAGGCUGCGCAGGGCGUCGUCUACCUGGAGGCUCGCUACAGCCCCCAGCUGCUCGCCAACUGCCGAGUGACGCCCGUGCCCUGGGGGCAGCGCAGCGGUGACGUCACGCCGGACGAGGUGGUGUCGCUGGUGAACCAGGGCUUCCGCCAGGGCGAGACGGAGUUUGGCAUCACGGUGCGCUCCAUCCUGUGCUGCAUGCGGCACAUGCCCGACUGGUCGCCGGAGGUGCUGAGGCUGUGCCUCAAGUACAGGGACCACGGGGUGGUGGCCAUCGACCUGGCGGGGGACGAGUCCCUGGUGGCCGAGGCCGGGGGCCCCCACCGCACAACCUUCCUGGAGGCGGUGAGGGGCGGCGUUCACCGCACGGUCCACGCUGGAGAGGUGGGGUCAUCGAAGGUCGUCGAGGAGGCGGUGGACGUGUUGCGGGCGGAGAGGAUCGGCCACGGCUACCACACCCUGGAGGACCCGGAGCUCUACGCGCGCCUGCUCAAGGCCAACAUGCACUUCGAGAUCUGCCCCUGGUCCAGCUACCUGACGGGAGCCUGCCUCUCCGGCGAGAAGGAGGCGGACUUCUCGAAACACCCCAUCGUGAGGUUCCACAAGGACAAGGCCAACUUCUCCAUCAACACCGACGACCCCUUGAUCUUCGACUCCACGCUCGCCACCGACUACAAAAUCCUGCGGAAGUACGGAGGGUUCACGGACUCGGACUUCAUGGAGCUGAACCUGAACGCGGCACGUGCGGGGUUCCUGGCGGAGCCCGACAAGAAGCAGCUCCUGCAGAGACUCUACAAGGAGUACGGCAUGGAGCAGGACACCAGCCUGUGAGAGGCUGCAUCUCCACUCCGCAGCCCGCGUCUCUCUCCAGCCCGUGUCUCUACUCCGCAGCCCGUGUCUCCACUCCGCAGCCCGUGUCUCCACUCCGCAGCCCGUGUCUCCACUCCGCAGCUCGUGUCUCCACUCCGCAGCCCGUGUCUCCACUCCGCAGCCCGUGUCUCCACUCCGCAGCCCGUGUCUCCACUCCGCAGCUCGUGUCUCCACUCCGCAGCCCGUGUCUCUCUCCAGCCCGUGUCUCCACUCCGCAGCUCGUGUCUCCACUCCGCAGCCCGCGUCUCCACUCCGCAGCAUGCGUCUCUCUCCAGCCCGUGUCUCUCUCCAGCCCGUGUCUCCACUCCGCAGCUCGUGUCUCCACUCCGCAGCCCGUGUCUCCACUCCGCAGCCCGUGUCUCUCUCCAGCCCGUAUCUCUACUCCGCAGCCCGUGUCUCUCUCCAGCCUGUGUCUCCACUCCGCAGCUCGUGUCUCCACUCCGCAGCCCGUGUCUCUCCGCAGCCCGUGUCUCCACUCCGCAGCCCGUGUCUCCACUCCGCAGCCUGUGUCUCUACUCUGCAGCCUGUGUCUCUACUCUGCAGCCUGUGUCUCUACUCUGCAGCCUGUGUCUCCACUCUGCAGCCUGUGUCUCCACUCCACAGCUCGUGUCUCUACUCUCCAGCAUGUGUCUCUACUCUGCAGCAUGUGUCUCUACUCUGCAGCAUGUGUCUCUACUCUGCAGCCUGUGUCUCUACUCUGCAGCCUGCAUCUCUACUCUACCCUCCUGUGGAUCAUGGGGCCACAAUGUUAUUGAAACCCGUAAACCUUCAUACGCACAUGUGCACAUAUACACACACACACAUAUGCAGAUAGGCGUACGCACUAGCCGCUGUGUGUACGAGUUUACGAACAGUACGCCUACGUGAAAAGGCUCGGCCAAUAACAUCGAUAUAUAUUCUAUAUAUUUUUUAAAUCACACUACUGCGUAGAUUUUCCGCGGUUGUGGCUCUCCGAUGCGAUUCCAGGCUGCGCCCAGCGUGCCCGAUGUCCGACGUUUCGCUUCACAUGCCCUACGAUCUUCUUCAGGAACGGGGUGGGGAGGAGGCACGUGGUGCAAAACGUCAGACUUCGCGCAACGCACAGCGAGCGGCGUUUUAAAUUCAAUUGAAUCCCCCCCCCCACCCCGCGUGACCGCCCCGUUUAUAUCACCGCGACAUUACUGCCGUGUGUACGGUACUCCCCGUAAUUGAACGGAAUGACUGCAGGAGGGAGCAGCUGUCAGUAACCGGUUCACCAUUCGUGGAGUACCCACGACAGCGCGCCGCCCCUUGCUCUCAAGCGUGCCAACGCUGGGCCACCGGCGGCAUGUGGUUUGGAACCUUUGGCCCGACAUUUCACGUUUAUUGGGUACCGUACCGGGAAGCACGCCCAACGUUGGAUCAACGUUGGCGUGUUGUUGUUGAGAACGUUGGGUCAACGUUGGCGUGUUGGUGUUGUUAGGAUGUUGGCCCAACGUUGGGCCAACUUUGGGACAAUUUUGGCGAUCCUGCGUGUGUAAUAGCGCUUAAUUAAUAGCACUUGAUAUGCAACAAAAAAAUAACAAUGUUUUUAAUAAAUUGUAACAAUUAAAUUGCAAAUGUUGAUUUUUUACAAAAAUGUAAUGUACACUCAAUCCACUGCUGGAUGAAUGCCCUCCCCAUGCUGUGCCGGUUAUGGAGGUCAUUAACCAUACUUCGCCAUUCUGGUCAGUGCAGGUUGGUGCAGUAAAUUGGUGAUGGGGGGUGGGUGGUGAGCGGGGAUGGUGAGCGGGGUGAGUGGUGAUGUUGUUCAGGACUGAAUGAGCUAUCACUCCGAGCCACUGAUAUUGGCCGUGGCCCGGAAUCGAACUCGUCAAGUGGCUGAGUUCGUAGGAAAGUGAACUCGCCACAGCUCUACCUCCAGCGCUCCAUCCCCACUGCUCCACCUCCACCGCUCCACCCCAACCAUCCACCCCCACCACUCUAUUCCUGUGCUCUGACCCACAGCUGUACAACCAAGGUGGACGUUUGACGGUAUUCAAUGUGUAAUUAAACGCUGGCCCAUAAGCGGAAUGUUGCCACUGUGAACACGACGCAAUGUACAUGCUUAUACUACUACAUGCUUAUACUACUACAUGCUUAUACUACUACGCUGGUUCGCACAUCCUGGAGUUGAUCCGAUGCUCCAUUUCUGAUUAUUGUUGUAGCCAUUUAACAGGGUGAUCUCAGUCUUUAAUAAAUUUAAAAGUGAUUUUCUUAAAAAAGAAA